CCGUGUGGUUUGCGGAAAGAUGGCUGCCGCUUUGGAGUGAUCUUGUCGAGCAGCGAGAGAUUGAUUAAUUAGACACUGCGGGUGAAUAAUAACACUCAAAAUAGUGAUUCAGGAGACGAGGACAUAGGGGCACAUCAGCAACUCUGUCACCUUACAUAAAGGCAUUGGGGACCUGUGACGAAGUGUCUAAACACACACACAAUAUCGUCUGUGUGACACGAUACAGAUAGUGAAGAACGUGACGACGUGGCAAGCGUCGGUUCGCUAUGGGAAGCAGGUGAUCUCUUGCCCUGACUGAACUCUGAGAUGGAGGCGGCGGUGUUGGAGGAGGACCCCAGUGGUGCCCCGGGCCUCGACUCUCUCUCCCUCUCCUCCCUGCUGUCUCCAGACCUCGAAGAGGGAGAGGGGCUGGUCGGAGGGGAGGGUGAUGUGGAGUUGAACCCCUACGAUGGGCUGCCCUUCUCCUCACGCUACUACGAGUUGCUGAAGGAGCGCAGGCAGUUGCCAGUCUGGAGCGUCAAGUACGAGUUCCUGGAGAGCCUGGAGAGCAGCGGGGUGGUCAUCGUCUCAGGGGACCUGGGGGCCGGCAAGAGCACACAGAUCCCACAGUGGUGUGCAGAGUAUGCUCUCUCACUGCAGUUUUCCAGCGGUCUGGUUGCCUGCACUCAGCCUCACAGCCUUGCUGCCAUAGGUCUGGCGCUGCGAGUGGCGGAUGAGAUGGAGCUGAACCUGGGCCUGGAGGUGGGAUACCGGGUCCCUUACGAGGACUGCUGCAACUCGGACACCAUGCUGCGGUUUGUGAGUGACUCUGUGCUGCUCAGUGAGAUGAUGUCGGAUCCACUGCUUCACCAGUACGGUGUUCUCGUGAUCGAUGAGACCCAGGAGCGCACUGUGCCCACAGACGUGCUGCUGGGACUGCUGAAGGAUGUGUGGCAGCAGCGAGCGGAGCUGCGUGUGGUCGUGGUGACGGCACCUUCUCUGCAGCCCAGACUGGAGCGCUUCUUUGGGGAGGCAGUGCCUCUAGUCACUGUGCCCCAGAACAGACCCGUCACCUUGGAAACGGUGUACCGCGACCCGCAGUCACGGGACCGGCACUCUGCCGCCUGUCACAUGGUCUUGGACAUUCACCGCAAGGCAGAGCCUGGAGACGUGCUUGUCUUCCUGCCCAGCUCGCAGGAGAUAGAGCUGUGCUGUGCUUUGAUCCAGAAGGAGAGUGUAGCUCUGAGUUCUCAGCUGGGAGAGCUAGUUCCUGUGCCUCUCCACUCAGGGCUGGGCUCAGCCGUGCAGAGGGUGUAUGAUCCGCUGGGGGAGAGGGCAGUGCCGGGGGGGUGUCGGCGCAGAGUGGUGCUCACAGACGCGCUGGCGGAGUCCUCAUUCUCGCUGCCACACAUCCGCUACGUCAUCGACACCGGCAUUCAGCUCAAAACUGUUUACAACCCUCGAAUCAGAGCGGACUCGCAGGUGUUUCGAACAAUCAGCAAGAGUCAAGCGGAGCUGCGGAGACAGAGGGUGAACAGCAGUAGUGCUGGGCUGUGUUUCCGGCUCUACCAGCAGAGUUUCCACGACUCGGACAUGCCAGAUUUCUCUGCUCCUCGAGUGUCGGAAGAGAACCUGAGUCAGCUGGUGCUGCUGCUGAAACGCCUGGACAUCGCUGACAUGGGCCAGUGCAAGUUCCUGGACCGGCCAGCACCGGAAGCUCUGAUGCAGGCGCUGGAAGACCUGGAUUACCUGGCGGCGCUGGACGAUGAUGGUAAUCUCUCUGAAGUUGGAAUCAUCAUGUCGGAGUUUCCGCUGGACCCCCAGCUGGCGAAGGCGCUCAUCGCGUCCUGCGAGUUCGACUGUGUCAGCGAGAUGCUCACUGUGGCUGCCAUGCUGACAGCCUCUCCAUGUUUUGUGACCCCCCCUCAGCACUCGGAGGAGGCGGCCGCUGUUCGACGCAGAGUCCUGCUGCACUCUGACGGGGAUCACUUCACGCUCAUCAACCUCUACAACGCUUUCAAACAGCAUAAUGAGGACGAGGGCUGGUGCAGAAAGAACUUUGUGAGUCAUUCAGCUCUGAAGCGCGCUGACGUGAUCCGCUCUGAGCUGCUAGAGAUCAUGCACCGCAUCGAGCUGCCAGUGUCGCCCCCUAGCUUCGGGACUGAGGACAACAUCCAAAACAUCAAGAGAGCAUUGAUCUCGGGCUACUUCCUCAAGGUGGCUCGUGAUGUGGAUGGUUCUGGGAACUACCUGCUCCUAACUCACAAGCACGUGGCUCACCUGCACCCCUUCUCAGGGUACCUGUCCCGCAAGCCUCUGCCACGCCCCCCCUGCUGGGUGCUGUACCACGAGUUCACCAUCUCCCAGAACAACUGCAUCAGCGUGGUCUCCGAAAUACAGCCCCAGAUGCUGGUGGAGCUAGCCCCGCAGUACUACCUGGGUAACCUACCCGCCAGUGAGGGGCGAGACCUGCUGAUGGAGCUGCGUCACAAACUGUUUCUCCCAGACCCCCAGCGAGCAGAGGGGGAGGAAGAGCAGGGGGAGGGGGGCGAGGCAGAGAGUGCAGGGGCCAAGCUGCCCAAGGACCACCUGCACCAGGAGAGCCAGGAGCUCUGUGUGCUGCAGUAGGACCGGAGGGAUUCCACACAGCCCAGCCAUGCUGGGAGGAAUCCUCACUGCUGGAGUCCCUUUAUGGAAGGCUGACCAUGAGCUGCUGUACUCUGUUCUUCCUACCUGUCUGACCGUUGGCAGGGAUCUCAACUGAGUCAAAAUGAAUGCUGUAUGCAGCAGUGGGAAUAUUCUGUCCCCCUGACUGUCUGUCUUUAAAAUGGGCACCUGGGGACGAGUCACCUAAACUAAAGCUGGAAAGGUAAAAAGAAAAAAACUACAACAUUUUCCAGUCUGAGCUAGGAAUCAUGUUAGUAACACCAUCCACACUCCAGGUUUGUUCUGGACUUCAGCCCCUUAGAAACUAAUUCUAAAGCUCAGGUGCACAGCAAGAAAAUGCCUUGCAGCUCUUUGCUUUGAGAUUGUCUAACAUGGUGGUCCUGACAAACCACCCAGAAAACAAACACACACCCACACAAAUACACACACUUGUGCUGGCUCAAUUGUACUGAAAAAGGGUCAGAAACUUUAGCACUGGGGUGUUCCCACUCCCUUCUGAAUUUCGUUUGCUUUGGAGCCUACCAUUGACCCAUUGAGCACAGCAAGUGUCUUCACAGGACCUGCUAGAAAGUUGUGGUUUAUAUCCUUGGUAUGAUACCGAGUAUCUUAUCCUCCCAAAGACAGACAGACAGACAGACAGGCUGUGUUGGCUGGAGUCUAGGCUUGGCAAUGCUAAUCCAGAGAGGAGUUUCAAUCUCAAGUACAAUGAAGAAACUGGCCCUGAAGUCCUAUAAAGGCUCUGUGAAGUUAUAGUCCUGCUUGCUGUGCUUUUCAUUAGUGUGUAACCUUCUACAUAUGCAGGGCAAGGACAUUUUUCCAUUGGCUCAGCAAGAGUAUAUAGAAACAUGUUUGGAAACCGUUUUGCAGAGUGCCUUUCUAUAAAUGUAUGCUUUACAUUAUUAGCUUGUUCUUUACCAAUAACCAGCGGUUAUGAGUUUAGCUAACUGGUAAGAGGAUAUGAGUUUAUAUUGUGAAUUCAGAAAUAAUGUAAACAGUUCCUAGAGGCAGAAGAAUAAGUUCAAAGAAGAGCUGCUCAUUAUUAUUUCCAUCAUUUUAUAAAAAAUGUUUCAGCCCUCUAUUCAUACCCUGGUAAAAAACCAUUCUAGUGUGUUCUGUCUGACUGUUUUCAGAGCAUGAGACACAGACAGUCUUCGAGAAUCAGCCGUUCUGAUUGUCUGUGAGGAGUUUUAUAUUUUGAGCUGAAGUAUUAUUUAAAAGUUCACCUAAAUGAUUUGUAAGUAUAAUCACCUAGUAAUUCCCAGUAUUGGUGCAACAAAACAUUGUAACUGCUGUGUAGCAAACCUUGUUUACAGGCCACUUGAUGCUACGGGGUAGAUCAUCUCUUUAAUGAUUCUUAUUAUUUAAUAACUGGUAUAGUUAAAUUAAUAUUACAUUCUCUAAAAGAUUGUACAUUAUGGGGUUAAACUUGAACUUUGAACACAUGGUGAAUACGAUAUAGCAUGUAAAGAAUCUUUGAGGCUGAAGUUUACAAUUAUUUUAUAAAUAUCUGAAUCCUAAGUUAUUAAAUUUGUGCAAUACAAUAUAAUUACUUCUGUAGGUGCAUGAAAGAUUCAUUGUAAUUGCAUGUCUGUGUGCUAUUCAUUUCACAUGGUUUCUUAUCAACUGACUACAACUGUACAUGUGUAGUCAGUUACACUUCAAAUCCCUUUAAGUGACAUUACAUCUGUACAGUGCUGCUGCAAAUGGUUUCUUAUGUGAGUGCAAUGUCUAGUGCAGAAUGCACAGAACCCCCUGCUGUUCCACCCCAAGCGUCACUCUCCCUCUGAAUGAAAUGCCAUUCGGGGUUCUCGAGCCUUCUGUCCAAGACUGCAGCGGUUAUAAAGUGUAAUACUGUGAGACCAGAGAGACCUGGUAAUCUACAGAUUAUCUCCUUCCCUGGGACGAGCAGUCCGGUCAGCUCAAUGAUUUUCAAAUGUUGAAACAAGGAGUCUCUGGAUACUGUUAGAAACAAGUUACAGCUUUUACUAGGAAAUUACAGUAAACAGACUAGAUAUGCAACAAUCUUUUUUUCCUUACUGUAGAGGGAAUGUUGUAUGUAUAUAAUGUUUUUUACCCAUUAUUAGUGAACAUAAAAUGACAUGGUAUCAGUAAUAUAAUUUGCUUAUUCUAUUUAUGAUCAUGGAUAAUUAAUUAUGCUAUGUAAUACUAUAUAUUAAUUUAUAAUUUUGUAAAUGUUGUGAAAGGCAAAAACAUGAUGUGUCCAAAUCUGUUCAACCUACAGUCCAUAAAGCAAUGGGACUGGAAGGCAGUGUACUACUGGUUAGAGCAGGGUUGCUGGGAGGCGGUGUAGCCUAUUGGUUAGAACCGUGACUGGAAUGGAGACAGUGUGGUUCAGUGGGUAGAGCUGAAGGACUGGAAUGGAGGCAGUGUGGUUCAGUGGGUAGAGCUGAGCACUGGAAAUGCCACUAUUUCUGCAAGUGACUUGUUUUAGGUUGCUGGCUCUCGGUAGAGGUGACCUUAGCAUAAUUAAGCCUGGUCCUGAUGACACAAGCUGCAAAAUUCAUCCAGUCUCUCUCUCUUCUGUGCUUGGAUAUCGAGCUGAGCCGUAAGGGUGGACCACAGUUUAUUAUAGGGCUGUCCAUUUCAAACAUGUCCACUGUGAGCCACUGUGCAGAUGGAAGUAGUCCAUUUUGAAAUGAAACGCUGGACACAUUGCAUAAUUGUCUAGUAUGUGCUACUGGGGAUAUUCACACAAACAAAACACAAAUGCAGAGUUAAAAUCGGAAACAAGAGAAACUGAAAAUAAAUAGUGCAAUUU